UCAGUCGAUAAUAAUAUAGUCGACACCGAUCUAAUUAUUGAAUCAUUUAUUCAUUAGUUCUUUACCGUUUUCAUUGUCGAGCCCGUUCAAAUAGGAUCUUAUUGGCAACUAUUUUGCUGAGGCGGUGAAAAUUAAAAUUAAAAAAAAAUUGCACUAUUAUCAUAAUUUAUUUGUUCGGCUAUAUCGCACAAUCGUUGUGAAAUAAACGUAAUAUUCAAAUGUAUUGAAACGUCAGAAGUCUUCGCCAGCGUUGGACAAGACGCGUUCGCCGAGUUCCUCCAAUCGCGGUACUCACAAUGUAUAUAGGGCACCCCUCCUACACCAUGGUCCAGAUGGGCGCGAAGACGACGACCAUAACGGAGUCCGACAUGUUACAACAGGAAACGUACCUGUUGAAAGACGACCAAAAGGAACAGGAGACGACCAACUACGACGGAGAAGAGUCGACAUUCCCAGUUAGCAAGCAGGAAAUCAUAUGGACGAACGUCGUGUUCAUCACUUUGUUGCACGUCUUAUCCGUAUAUUGUUUUUGCAACUACUUCUUCUCCACGAAAUGGCAGACUUACGUAUGGUCUUUUAUAGUCGGCGGUAUUGGUGGAUUUGGAGUUACCGGCGGCGCACAUCGAUAUUUCACACAUAGAUCGUUCAAAGCGAAAUUACCAUUACAACUAAUACUCAUAUUGUGUUACACAGUAUCGGGACAGAACGACAUACCGGAUUGGGUUCGCGACCACCGAGUGCAUCACAAGUUCAGCGAGACGGACGCCGACCCACACAACGCAAACAGGGGCUUCUUUUUCUCGCACGUCGGUUGGCUGAUGCAACGUAAACACCCCGAGGUCUACAGAAAAGGCAAGACCAUUGACAUGUCCGACAUCCACAACGAUCCACUGGUGCAGUUUCACACAAAGCACUUUUUACUGUUCAAGAUGUUGUUCUGUUUCAUCAUACCCGUUUUGAUAUCGGUGUACGCGUUGAAUGAAAACUGGGUGGAAGCCAUCAGCUCACUGGCUGUUGUCCGGUACGUGUUGAACUUGAACUUCACGUGGUCCGUCAACAGCGUGGCUCACAUCUGGGGAAGCAAGCCGUAUGACAAUCGCAUUCAACCGGCACAGAACGUGGUGGUGUCAAUCGUGGCUAUGGGCGAGGGCUGGCACAACUAUCAUCACGUGUUCCCGUGUGACUACAGGGCAGCCGAGCUCGGCGGAUACCUGUUGAACACGACCACGCUGUGGCUGGACCUGUUCGCCGCCAUUGGUUGGGCGUACGAUCUCAAGACGCCAUCCGAGCAGCUCGUCCAGCAGGUGGCCGUCAACCACGGCGACGGAAGCUGGCGACAGAAACCGGAAACGGCGCACACGCGGGACUAUAAGACUUCAUAAACACUAAUUUAUUACAAUAUAAUAUUAUAAUACAUCAUUACGUCAUAAACGUUACGAUUAUUACUGUCAUUAUUAUAAUUAUUAUUAUUAUUAUUAUUAUUUAACACGCAUGUGAGUGUGUGUGCAUGCGUGUAUAUGUGUGUGUGUGUGUUAAAUGUUGAAUUUAACGUGUUGUAUACUUACGUAUAAUAUAAUAUUAUAUUAUACUAUGUUGUUAAUAUAUAGGUACCUAUUUUAUAUAAUAUAAUAUGUACACGUGUACUAUGCCACGAAAUAAUAUCUAAGAUACUAAUUUGGAAUACCAUUAUUAUUAUUAUUGUUAUUUUAGAUUAUAUUCAAUGGGUAUCGUUAUAUUAUAUUGUUAUCAUGUUGUUUCGUAUACACUGCCCGUAGCCUCGCGGGAAUCCAAAACGGCAAAACGGUAACGACUGUCUAAAACUCUAAACCGUCAUAUUAUAUAAACCUACGGUAGAUUAAUGCGUCACAAUAUUAUUCGUAUAUUUCGAUUGCUGCAGCAUAAAUUAAAAUAUACGAACUUGUGCAAACGGGCCACCCGAACUUUAUGGGUGUUUAUUGCGUUUAGACCGUAUACGAAAGACCGGAUACGACAUAGGUACUAUUAUAGGUAAUAGGUAUAUUAUGAUAUUAUAUAAUAAUAUAAGCAAGCGGUAGUUUUAUACGAACUGAAUACGAAUUCUUUCGUUUGUUUAGCUUAUUGUUUUCGAGCUCAAAUCGUAUUUUAUAACAAACAAAAUUAUAAUAAUAUCACGUGGAGCAGAAAACCAAAUAUUAUAACAAGCUGCUAUACUUUAUCGCUGCCGAGUAGAAGUGCUAUCGCUAAAAUCGUAUCAAACAAUAUAAUAUUCGCAGCACCUAAGCGCAUUUGACCGGACGUCCUGCUUCCUCGUUGUCGCUUAUCGUAAUAUUAUAUAAUAUAGGUAACAGCGAGUAUAUCUUAAUUUUCGCGCAAACGUACUAGGUAAACAUUAAAUGGUAGGUACACGGUAUAAUAUUAUUGUCAUAGUAACCACGGUUAUAUUAUAUAACUUGCAUUAAAUUGUAACACACAAGCCAGUGGACGUUAAAAAAACCGUUCUUUUUGUGUUAAUAAUAAUAUAUUGUUUUAUAAAAUAAUUCAAAAUAUAGUCAUAGUAAGCUAUAAUAAUUGUAACUGCAUAUUAGCUUAUGGCCCAGAUGUUUCUCUAAUGUACUUUUUGUUUUAUACACAUUUAUAUUUAGGUAUAUUUAUUUCAUCGAAUGAUUCUUGUACGUUUGUCUAUUAUGAAUUAUAAUAUACACAAUAAUAUAUGUAAA